CAGUAGCUGUAGUAAAAGCAUUUGUCGUCGUUGUCGGUUGCGCUUUGGGAAUUUUCAAUAUAUAUUCAGUGUAUGUUUUGUGUUCGGUGGACUGCGGCAGAAAAACAACACAAUUUUUGCUCGCAUGUAUUUACUUCCUAACUUCAUUCUGACUAGCUAAAUAAAAAGUGCGUUUUGUUUUCCAUCUUUAAACGUUCGAGAAAAACAAAAGUUUACCCGACAUUUUUUUUGUUUUAAAUUAUAUUUUAUCAUCAAACGCAGUUUCCACCUAUGUUAAGGUAAACUUGUAAAUAGUGUUAGUUACUGCAACGGGCUCGAAGUGAUACGUAAAUUAUCGGAAACGCACGAACACAUAUAGUGAAAUCAGCAUGUUUCGUGAGGAGGAAACACUUUUGGCUAGUGCCAAAAAUGGAAAUGCGCCAACAAUUGUUUCAAAUGGCAGCAAUGGCGAAGUGGAAAAAGCACCAUUUAUUGCCAAACCAGUACGGCUCACUCCAGCUUGGGAAGCGAACAACUUACCAAACGAUGAACUAAAUUUUAGAGGCAUGACAAUGGAGCGAGCCACAUUGGAAAUAAAUCCACCACGAGACAAAUUAAAAAUUAUUUAUUUUAUACUAUUGUUGCACGGAAUCGGCACUUUAAUGCCAUGGAACAUGUUUAUCAAUGCCAAAAGUUAUUUUGUUGGCUAUAAAUUGAAUGAUAGUUACACGAUGGUUCAUACGGAUUAUGUUAAACAUUAUGAUGGAACUUCAACACUAGCAGCACAAAUUCCAAAUUUGGUCCUUAAUUGGCUCAACAUUUUCCUAAAUUUGGGUGGAAGUUUGACGCCUCGCAUUGUGUGGAGUAUUAUAAUUGAGGUAAUCGUUUUCAUUGUAACCGUUGGACUUGCAAUGAUCGAUACGCAUGAAUGGCCGGGAAUUUUCUUUUGUGUAACCAUUGGAUCGAUCAUCAUUUUAAAUAUUGCUGGUGGAAUUUAUCAGAAUUCCGUAUAUGGUAUGGCUGCGAAAUUGCCAUUCAAAUAUACGGGCGCUGUGGUAUUGGGUUCAAAUAUUAGUGGCACAUUUACAUCGAUUGUUGCUAUUCUCAGCACAUAUUUUGCAUCAUCUUCACGAACAGCAGCUAUAUACUAUUUCAUUGCGGCUAUGUUUGUAUUGUUGGCUUGUUUCGAUACAUACUUUGCAUUACCUUUGAACAGAUUCUAUCGUUAUCAUGAGCUGAUGCAUGAAAAAGAAAUGGAAAAAGUACGGAAAUUGGGUGGAUCAACAGGUCGGCCACCAUACUGGAGUAUCUUCAAACAAGCAUUUCCACAACUGUUUAACGUUUUCUUCAUAUUCUUCAUCACAUUGAGCUUAUUUCCAAAUGUUCAAUCAAAUAUAAAACGAUCUGACGCAAAUUUCUGGAUUACGGACCCUGAUUUGUAUAUGUCCGUUUUAUGUUUUUUGACAUUCAAUGUUUGUGCCAUGUUCGGCAGUUUGACAACAUCAUUUAUUCAAUGGCCAAAGAAAAAUUAUCUCGUAUGGCCGGUGGUGCUGCGAGUUGCUUUUAUUCCGUUGUUCUUAUUGGCCAACUAUCACCCAUUGGAUACUAAGCGAAACUUACCGAUUUAUAUCAAUAAUGAUUAUGCAUACUGGGGUAUCGGGGCUGCAAUGGCAUAUACAUCUGGUUAUUUGAGCUCGUUGGCAAUGAUGUACGCACCACAAACAGUUCAACCACAACAUGCACAAACAGCCGGUAUGUUUGCUGCUGCUAUGCUUAUUACGGGAAUUUUCGCUGGUAUUGCUGCAUCCAAUGUGUUCCCAAUCAUUGUGAACGCAGUAUCAUGGUAACAUAUGUGUUCAUAUGCUGUUUCUAACAGCAUACACAUAUUACCAUUUGUUAAAAACAUAAAAAACAUUUGUUAAAACGAAAUUGUUCUAUUGAAGCAUCAUUUACAUAUGUUUGACUGAAAAGAAAAACAACUUCCCUUUUUUUAAAUUAUCGACUAAAAAUACUGUAAAAAGAAAAUUUGACAAGAGUCCAAAUAGCAAAAAAAAAAAAUACAACAAAUGGGAGAAUUUUUUUUUUAAAGAAAAACAAAUAAAUUACGACUAGACUACCGUUUGUUUGUUAA